AUGGGAAAACCAUAGCAUCGAUAUUCCUAGUGAUCCUUAUUACCAAUUGAAUGACAAGAACUGUGAUGAGAUUGUUGGUUCUUGCAAUGGACUAGUAUGCUUGGCAGGUUAUUCUCUCAAUCAGAUUACUGGGUAUAAAAAAAGGUGGCUUCGGUUCUGGAAUCCUGCUACAAGAGCAAUAUCUGAUAAAGUAGGGACCGUUUUCUAUAACUAUAAAUAUUGUAAGUUCACGUUUGGUUAUGAUAAUUCAACUGAAACUUAUAAAGUGGUGCUGUUCGGUUCAAAUUUGGAUCAUCCGGAAACCAAUGUUGUGAAAGUCUUGAGUUUAGGUGAUAAUGUUUGGAGAACUAUUCAUGGUUUUCCUGCUAUUCCUCUUCAAUUGGAACAUGGUUAUGAGUAUGAUGGUGUACAUUUGAGUUGCACUAUUAACUGGAUGGCAUUUCAGAGUGUGUAUGAUAGAGAUGAUAUUCUUGAGGAAUUUGUAAUAAUUUCACUUGAUUUGAGCACAGAGACAUUCACACAGUUGAUGCCCCCUAAAAAUUAUAACAAUGUUAUGAGUAUAAUAAAAUUUCCCAAUAUUUGUGUGUUGAUGGAUUCCCUUUGUUUUUCUUAUGAUAAGGAAACUGAAUUUUUCAUAUGGCAGAUGACGAAAUUCGGAGAUGAAAAAUCUUGGUCUCAAUUCCUUAAAUUUAGUUAUCACAAUGUUGGAAUAGAUUAUGAACUUGGUCACCCGCGUAUUAAAUUAACGCCGUUGCAUCUUUCUGAGGAUGGUGAUACAUUAUUAUUAGCAAACGGCCAACAAGACAGUGCAAUUCUCUAUGACUGGAAAAAUAACCGAGCAAAGAAAACUAGAAUCAACAAUAAGAUAUGUUGGUUCUCUAUCAGGGAUUAUGUUGAAAGUUUAGUUCCAACAUAUUGA